AACAUGUCUCCCUGCUCUUGCAGAUCCAGAUCGCCACCCUGCUGCAGCUGAAGGGUGGCCAGGCUGACCCAGAGCAGCUGGAGCGGCUGCAGGCUAUGCUGAGACAGAAGAAUAAUGAGAUUGAGGCCCUGUUGAUUAAACUGCGGCAACUGGAGAAGCUGGAGAUGACCCACAAGGCUGAGCUGAGCUGUGCUUCAGCAGGAGAGCAAGUUUAUGAUGUGACCUACUACACAGAUCUGCUCAAAAUGCAGCUUGCUGCUGCCAAACAGGAGUCGGACCGGCUAGGUGAUGAGCUGUCCCUCCAAAGGAUGAAGGCUCUGGCGGAGAGUCAGAGGGUGCUGGAGGUGGAGAGGAAGCUUUUUGGCAGCGAGAGGGCUUUCAAGCUGUGCCAGGGAGAGAACAUGAAACUGCGGGUCAGACUGGACGAGCUCAGGAUGAAGUACGAGCCCGAUGCGGUGAAUAAGGAUCGCGUUCAGAAGCGCAGGCAUGAGAAGCUGCCCGUUGACAUGGCUGCAGACGAGCCGAUGGAGAAGGGGCCUGAUAAACAGCCUGCUGUGAAUGGGGAGGCGGGACAGGCAGAACCUAGCGCCACCCUGCUGCAGGAGGUGCCAGUGCCCGAGCCAGCCAACCAGGUGCCCCGCGAAACCAAGCGCGUACGCAUCUCUGAGGAGCCCCCCAGGUCUGUGCCAGUGGAUGUUAAAAUCAAGAAGGAGGAGAAGGAGGAGGUUGAGAUAGGAGCCCAGAACAGCAGGGCAGAGAGGAAGAGCAGGCACCCCAUCAUCUACGUAUCAUCAAAACCCACCUCUGAGAACCAGUGUGCCCAGCAAUAGGGAGUCCGUCUCUGCUUGUACUGUAGUUCUGGGUGGGACCAGGUCAUCAGGCCCUGUGCAGCUGCUGAGGGUCCGUUAGCACUGUGUGCUUUCAGAGAAACUGUUGCUGCCUUAAACUAGUUUCUUGAACUAAGCGUGAGAUUCUGGCACUGUAAAUAGUGGUCUGGUUUAGGAGUCUUUUUAUAAUGAUAAAAAUUGUUUUUAUUUAUUUUUUUUUUUGGAGAGAUGCAAGUACUAGACCCAUAUACUCUCUGAUGUAGAUGUUUUGUUUUAACUGUUCUUGUGUACUUGUUUACUUCUGUAUUCAUUUAAUAAAAUUAUUACUAAGGAA